AGCUUGUGCUGUGCUUACCCUCAAAGCAGCACACCAACACUCACAGCGACACGAUCAUAGUGUGUGUACACCCUCCUGCAGCCUGCACUCCAAACCUACAGAUAAGACGACUGAGAUGAAUCCUGAAGGUGUUCCACUGCAGGGGAGGGGAUAUGAAGGAUAUCCAGGACAGCCUAGAUAUCCAGGACAGCCUACAGUGGUUCAGUCCACCACUGUGAACAUCGUCACUGAGCCCCCCAAAGACCACAUCAUCUGGUCCUUCUUCUCCUUCGUCUACUUGAACCCCUUCUGCCUCGGACUGGUGGCUCUCAUCUACUCCAUCAAGUCCAGAGAUCGGAAGAUGGUUGGUGAUCUGGAGGGGGCUCGACAUUAUGGAGGAACCGCCCGCACCUUCAACAUUGUAUCUUCUAUUUUGAUUGGCAUAGUGAUCCUUAGCUUCAUUAUUGUCAUCAAUGUGGGCAGAUAAUCCUCAUUCUCAUUAUGAUUAUGGUUAUUAUGGAAACUGAUAGAAAAUGAACUGUAAAAUCAUUUUGGUUAACUGAAACUAAAAUAAAAACAAGGCGUUGCAAAACUAAAAGGGACAGGGCCUUUGCUGUCAGAGCCCCCAGACUUUGGAACAGCCUGCCAGAGGAGAUCAGACUUGUAGAGUCAGUCCCUUGUUUUACAUCUCUACUCAAGACAUUCUUUUAUAAAAAUGCUUUUACUCUGUGAUAUCGUUAAUUGUUUUUAUUUUUCAUUUUAUUAGUCUGAUUUUGUUGUCUGCU